UCUUCAAUACACUGUUCAACAGGUCGUCAUCGUUUUACCAAAACACAAACCAUAUAGGAAAUAUCAAAGAAGAAAAUUUCAAUACCAGUAGCAAUGGCAACAAAUAGUACACGUCAACUACUUCCGGAUGUAAAUGGCCAUGACCUUCCUCAUUUCAUUAAGAAAGUUCUGAAUAAUAUAUGCGACUUUUACGAUGAACAGGACCUCAUAGAUGUAACAUUUAAGUUGUCAAAUCCGACCACUAUGAUUCCAGCACACCGCUUAAUACUAUCAGCGGCAAGUCCCUAUUUUAAAGAUUUAUUCAAAAGCGACAAGGGCCUAACUCCUCGGGCAUAUUGUUUAGAGCGCGAAACUCAGUGUGUACCACUGUAUACGAAACUGUUGGAAUAUGAAAUAAAUAAUUUCAUGGAGGUGAGUCAUAAUGCUUUACCUCGAUUUCGUACUAUCAUUCCACCAGCUUAA